GGCUCGCGCGGUAUAAAACCAGGGUUCAGCCGCCAGUCAGGUGGAGAAAUUUUGACUUUUCUUCCCGGCUGAUGGUGUGCAGAGCCUGAGAAGACUUGGGUUAUUCAAGCAGCACGCCAAGAAAGCUUUUCCUCAGGUUAACCUCGUGGUUCAGAUCAGCCACCUCGAAACCAUCGAGCAGCUCUGCCUUAACGACCCCACCUGCCUCAAAACAAAGCCAACAUAAAGCCUUCAAAAUGAUGCAGAUCAGCAGCGACUCCGCCAGCAACAAGCACUCCCUCAUCAACGUCAUGCACCGCUUCAUUGCAGCUGCCAACAACAUGGACGAGACCAUCAUGGUGCCGAGCCUGCUGCGAGACGUGCCGCUGGAGGAGCAGGCGGCCAGCGAGACUGAGCCCAACAACAACAACGAACCGCCUUGUCCCAACAAGCAGAGGGACAUGUACGAGCACUACCUGCUCCUCAAGUCCAUAAAGAACGACAUGGAGUGGGGUCUGCUGAAGAGGGAGAUGAGCAGCGGCGCCAGCUUCCUGGAGAUGGCGGUGAAGCAGGAGGAGCAGCAGCCGGUCACCGGGGACCUGCUCUUGGAGGACAACUCGGACCUGGAGCAUCAGUUUCAUUAUCACCUCAGGGGACUGUUUGGAGUUCUGUCCAAGCUCACGCUGCAAGCCGACCACCUCACCAACAGAUACAAGAGAGAAAUCGGAGGCGGAAACUUCAUGAGAUAGAAGUCACUGUUUUGUCUUCUCCCCAUGCUCGCCCCCCCCUCGGACUGCUUGACUUGCACAGUGGGAUGUGUUGAGAAGGGCCCCACCUCUUCUUAAUAGAUCUCAAUGGACAGUGAACUGACCAGGGUAACCACUUUGUGACUUCUCUCACUCCUGAGUAGCAACACUCCAAAUUUUCCCCACCUCUACCAAACGUACCUUAAACCGGUGACACCUGCACUUGUCAACCCCUGCGCUGAAGCAGGCAGGGGGACAUGUUGGUGGAGGUUUAUUGAAUUCAAGUCCAGAUGAAGCACAGCUCUGGUUUAUGCAGAAACUUGCCCUCCCCCUUUUUUCUUUUGUCAUUUCAAGUUUGAAAAUGAAUUUGUCACCAGAUUGUGAAUAAAAGAAGGUUUCUGACUGUAGGAGAAAUUGAAUGCUGGUUAUUCUGUCCCUCCUGUAUAAUAUGAUUUUAAUGCUGAGCUGAAGGGCUCUGACCCGCAGAGGUUUUAAAUCUUUCCACUUGGUAUUACUGUAACAUGGCGUGCCUUGACUUUUUGUAUACACUCAUGCCCUGUUCAGUUACCUCCCCAUUGUCUGAUUGCUUACAUGGUUCAUCAAGAUGUUGAUGAAAUGAUUCAUUUGUCUGUCCUUGGAUAUUUCAAAACCAAUUUUAUAUUGAAGCAGAAAUGCGGUAAAACUGAAAUAAAUAAUUGGAAACUUGA